AUGAAAUUUGUCACACUGCAGGCAGCCUUGGUUGGCUUCUAUGCCGCCGUGGCUCUGGCCUCACCGGCACCUGCUCCUGGCCCUGGUCCAGUCCCCGAUCCCCAGCCCGAACCCGUUUUAGAGGAGCGCGCCACAGUCGACGUUGACCUUCCAUCUGGUGGCACGAUGACGGGUAGGUCUCUGCUUAAUGUUGAGAGCUUCAAUGCCAUUCCUUUUGCGGAUCCUCCCGUUGGAGACUUGCGUCUCAAGCCACCCAGGAAAUUCUCCGGCACCUUUGGGAAACGAGAUGGUACUGGAAUUGCGCCUGCUUGCCCACAAAUGUUUCUUUCCCGAGAGAGCUUGGGAAUCAUUGGCAAAAUAGCAAACGAUCUUUUACAAAUUCCAUUUCUAAAGGUGAUUGCGGGACAAGAAGACUGUCUUACCGUUAAUGUCCAGCGACCUGCUGGAACAAAGGCCGGUGACAAACUUCCCGUUCUUUUCUGGAUCUUUGGAGGCGGUUUUGAACUAGGCGCCACCCAAACGUAUGACGCUACCAGCCUUCUUGCCACUGCAGUUGGACAGAAGCAGCCCUUCGUUUUUGUUGCCGUCAACUAUCGCGUUGGGGGCUUUGGGUUUAUGCCUGGUAAGGAGAUCCUGAAAGACGGCAGCGCUAACCUUGGUCUUCUUGACCAGCGCAUGGGCUUGGAGUGGGUGGCUGAUAAUAUUGCCGCGUUUGGGGGUGACCCAAGCAAGGUGACCAUCUGGGGUGAGAGCGCAGGAUCCAUCUCAGUCUUUGACCAGAUGGUUCUAUAUGGGGGGAAUGCUACCUACAAAGGAAAGCCAUUGUUCCGCGGUGCCAUUAUGAACUCCGGAACAGUCGUCCCAGCCGAUCCCGUCGACUGCCCCAAGGGGCAAGAGGUAUAUGAUAAGGUUGUGAGAGAAGCUGGCUGUUCCGGAGCUCAGGACACACUUAAAUGCCUGCGGAAGGCCGACUACAAGACGUUCCUAAACGCCGCCAACUCUGUCCCCGGCAUCAUUUCUUACCAAUCGCUGGCUCUUUCAUAUCUGCCUCGGCCGGACGGUACGGCACUGCCCGACAGUCCUGACAGGCUAGGUCUCGCUGGAAAGUACCACGCCGUGCCCAUGAUCAUUGGAGACCAAGAGGAUGAGGGCAGCAUUUUCGCCAUCACAACCCUCAACGUAACAAGCGUCGAUAAGGCUGUGGAUUAUCUUUCCCAGUACUAUUUCCACUCCGCCCCCAAGGCAAAACUCAAGGAGUUCAUUCAGCUUUACGAGCCCUCCCUCACCCAAGGCAGUCCUUUCCGCACAGGUAUUCUCAACGAGUGGUAUCCCGGAUUCAAGCGCAUGGCCGCCGUUCUCGGUGACUUGACGUUCACACUCACCCGCCGUGUCACACUCAGCAUUGCGACAACUGUUAAACCCGACGUCCCGGCAUGGUCGUAUCUCUCGUCUUACAACUACGGCACCCCCAUAGUGGGUACGUUCCACGCAUCUGAUAUUCUACAAGUUUUCUACGGUAUCUUGCCCAACAAUGCCAUGAAGAGUUGCCGCACAUACUACUUCAAUUUCUUGUACAACCUAGACCCUAACAAGGGUGUUGGAGGGUACGCCAACUGGCCGAAGUGGCAGGAUACCAAGAAACUCAUGUGGUUCAGAUGGGGAUUUGCAAAUGACAUUUUGGAUGACAACUUUCGAAGCGCAGCGAGCAAUUUCAUCUCCAAUAAUAGGGAAAUAUUCCGUAUAUAA